AAAAUCCCUAGUGCGUCUUUCUCAACAGCAAAGGAAGCUAUCUUAGCGGCACAGAGACGAGGAGAAGAUGUGGAGACUUCCAAGAAAUGGGCUGCUGGCCAGAACAAACAACAUUCUAUCACCAAGAACACAGCCAAGCUGGACCGGGAAACAGAGGAGCUGCACCAUGACAGGGUGACCCUGGAGAAAAUCAAUGAGAAGCCACAGGUGAUUGCGGACUAUGAGAGCGGACGGGCCAUACCCAAUAACCAGGUGCUGGGCAAAAUCGAGCGGGCCAUUGGCCUCAAGCUCCGGGGAAAGGACAUUGGAAAGCCCAUCGAGAAGGGGCCUAGGGCGAAAUGAACACAAAGCCUCGAAAUCAGUGCGCUCCAGCUGAUCUCGUUCUGCCGGUUCCCCUUGGCCGCCAGCACCGCCGUGGGUCUCCUCACGGCCAAACGGAACAAGGGGUCCAGCUCGUGGGGGACCCUCCCCAGCCCAUUCCUGCUGUCAAACAAACAAAACCUUGCAAAGCG